AUGAGGCCGCGUCCCGAUGGGCGGGCGCUGGCGGGAGCUGCGCUGUCGCCCGUGCUGCUGCUGUUGCUGCUCCUGCUGCCACCACCGCCACCUCUGCUGGGACGCCUGUGGGCGGCGGGCACGCCAGCGCCUGGGGCUCCGCAGGAAGGUGCACUGGGCACUGGCCGCGUGAAGCGCGGCUGGGUUUGGAACCAGUUCUUCGUGGUGGAGGAGUACACGGGCACGGAGCCCCUCUACGUGGGCAAGAUCCACUCGGACUCCGACGAGGGUGACGGGGCCAUCAAGUACACCAUCUCGGGUGAGGGCGCAGGCACCAUCUUCCUGAUCGAUGAGCUGACAGGUGACAUCCAUGCCAUGGAGCGGUUGGACCGUGAGCAGAAAACCUUCUAUACGCUGCGGGCCCAGGCUCGGGACCGCGCCACCAACCGCCUGCUGGAGCCCGAGUCGGAGUUCAUCAUCAAGGUGCAGGACAUCAACGACAGUGAGCCCCGCUUCCUGCAUGGCCCCUACAUUGGCAGUGUGGCUGAGCUGUCCCCCACAGGCACAUCGGUGAUGCAGGUGAUGGCCUCGGAUGCGGAUGACCCGACGUAUGGCAGCAGCGCUCGGCUGGUGUACAGCGUGCUGGAUGGAGAGCACCACUUCACGGUGGACCCCAAGACCGGCGUGAUCCGGACUGCGGUGCCUGACCUCGACCGCGAGAGCCAGGAGCGCUACGAGGUGGUGAUCCAGGCCACAGACAUGGCAGGCCAGCUGGGCGGCCUCUCGGGCUCCACCACCGUCACCAUCGUGGUCACCGACGUUAAUGACAACCCGCCCCGUUUCCCGCAGAAGAUGUACCAGUUCAGCAUUAAGGAGUCGGCCCCCAUCGGCACAGCCGUGGGACGCGUGAAGGCUGAGGACUCGGACGUGGGUGAGAACACGGACAUGACUUACCACCUCAAAGAGGAGAGUGGCACUGGUGGCCAUGUGUUCAAGGUCACCACAGACAGCGACACUCAGGAGGCCAUCAUCGUAGUGCAGAAGCGCCUGGACUUCGAGUCCCAGCCGGUGCACACGGUGGUCCUGGAGGCCCUCAACAAGUUCGUGGACCCCCGCUUCGCUGACCUGGGCACAUUCCGCGACCAGGCGAUUGUGCGCGUGACGGUGACCGACGUGGACGAGCCCCCCGAGUUCCGGCCGCCCUCCGGCCUCCUGGAGGUGCAGGAGGACGCGCAGGUGGGCUCCCUGGUCGGCGUGGUGACUGCGCGGGACCCCGACGCCGCCAACCGGCCCGUCCGGUAUGCCAUUGACCGAGACUCGGAUUUGGACCAGAUCUUUGACAUCGAUGCGGACACAGGUGCCAUCGUGACGGGCAAGGGACUGGACCGUGAGACUGCCGGCUGGCACAACAUCACGGUGCUGGCCAUGGAGGCAGACAAUCAUGCCCAGCUCUCCCGAGCAUCCCUAAGGAUCCGAAUCCUGGAUGUGAACGACAAUCCCCCAGAACUGGCCACUCCCUACGAGGCAGCCGUGUGUGAGGACGCCAAGCCAGGCCAGCUCAUCCAGACCAUCAGCGUGGUGGACAGAGACGAGCCCCAGGGUGGGCACCGCUUCUAUUUCCGCCUGGUGCCUGAAGCUCCCAGCAACCCUCACUUCUCUCUGCUCGACAUUCAAGACAACACAGCCGCAGUGCACACGCAGCACCUGGGCUUCAACCGGCAGGAGCAGGACGUGUUCUUCCUGCCCAUCCUGGUGGUGGACAGCGGGCCGCCCACGCUCAGCAGCACGGGCACGCUCACCAUCCGCAUCUGCGGCUGCGACAGCUCCGGCGCCAUCCAGUCCUGCAACACCACGGCCUUUGUCAUGGCCGCCUCCCUCAGCCCCGGCGCCCUCAUCGCCCUGCUGGUCUGUGUCCUCAUUCUAGUCGUGCUGGUGCUGCUGAUCCUCACCCUCAGGCGCCACCACAAGAGCCACCUGAGCUCCGAGGAGGACGAGGACAUGCGGGACAAUGUCAUCAAAUACAACGACGAGGGUGGCGGCGAGCAGGACACCGAGGCCUACGACAUGUCGGCGCUGCGGAGCCUGUACGACUUUGGCGAGCUCAAGGGCGGCGGCGACGGGGGCGGCGGCCCGAGCGGGGGCAGCCCCGCGCCCGGCCUGCCCUCCGAGCGCCACCCGCUCCCAGGGCCGCCCAGCCCGCCGCCGGACUUCUCGGUGUUCAGGGACUUCAUCAGCCGCAAGGUGGCGCUGGCGGACGGGGACCUGUCGGUGCCGCCCUACGACGCCUUCCAGACCUACGCCUUCGAGGGCGCGGACUCGCCCGCCGGCUCGCUCAGCUCGCUGCACAGCGGCUCCUCGGGCUCCGAGCAGGACUUCGCCUAUCUCCGCAGCUGGGGCCCGCGCUUCCGGCCCCUGGCGGCGCUCUACGCCGGCCACCGCGCGGACGACCAGGCCCCGGCCUCCUAG